CCUCAAAUCAAGCAGCUUGAUUUCGCUUUGGUAAAAAAAGUCCAGUGCUUCGCCUCGACAGCUACACAAAACACCUAUCCGCGAACGAGCAAAACCGAACGCUCGAGCUUGACAAAACGUGUCGCCACUGGUUCAGGGAAUAGGCUUUCUACGAACGGUUGUUACAUCGCGCGUGUUGUGAUACCCCACAGGCCGAGCCAAAGCGGAACGGCGUAGCACAAAGUACAGCGUCUCAAGUGUUCUGUCUAUUUCACACGGCUCAGUGUAGCAACAGCAUUCGGUUGCAAGAUCCUGCUUCAUUUGUGCGCUCAACGGUGUGUUGUAUUGCUUGGGAAAAUGUCGGAUACGAAGUCGGAAGAGCAAGCAGUGGCCGCUAAUGCGAAGCCAGAAGGAGAGACCGCGGAAAUUAAGUCACCGACUAAGAGAACUCCAAAGCGAAAAGCGGACGCGUUCCAGAAGGAAAGCGAGGAAUUGUUGAAAACACUCGGAGUAACGGUCGAUAUGGAGGAUGGACGACGGCGAACGCGAUCCAGCGCACGUGGAGGUGGUCCGGCAACGCCAACGGCGACACCGGCAACACCACCGGCAAAGCGAGCACGAGGCGGGGCUCAAACGCCCACUUCCAAACGGGGCAAGCCGACGGAAGAGGUAGUUCCGGGAGAAGAGUCCCACAACACCGACAAGGGCACACCCAAAAAGCGAACCCAUGUGGAACCGAAAAAACUAGAUCUGACGGAUAAGAACGAAGCAUCCAGUAAGGACGAUAAGGACCAACCGGAAGUGGACGGCACUGAAACUUCCACGGCGGUUGCAAAGGAUGCGGAUAGCGAGAAAGAGGUAACCAAGGAUAAAGAAGCUGAAUCAGUCAAGGACGAGGCUGACUCGACAAAAGAUGCCGCUGAAGUAAAACAGCAGGAGCCAGCUAAAACAGAAGAUGCGCAGAAAGAAACGACAACCGUCACGGGAGAGAAGAACGAUUCAGGCGUUGAGGAAAUCAAGUCGGAUAGCAGCAAAACACCCGACACGCCGAUGGAGGUUGAUGUGCAGGAGGAUAAACCACCCGCAGUAGUGGCCGACGAGGCUAAACCAACUAACGACGUCAAACCGACCGAUGAGGAAAAAACUGCUGUCCAGGAGUCGGAGCAACUGCCGCCUAGUGUGGACGAAACUGGAAGUUCAGCUAAAGAGGAAAAUGUUGGCAAGUCAGCUGAGAGCAACGGAACGCCGGAAGUAAAAGAUGUAACUUCGGAGACGGAGACAGAAGUAGUGCAAGCUACUGAUGUGUUGAAGGAAAGUGCUCCUACCCAAGAAGCAGAAAAAACCCCCAGCAGUGUAUCGGUGAAUGACGUUGUUUCAGCGGCGCAGAAUAAUGCGAACGAAAAAGAUAGUCCAACUGUGGAAUCUAAAAUUGUAACCAACGAUACGGCAGCAGUAGAACCAGCAACUGCUGCACCAUAAGAAAUUCCCGCCAGGCCCGACGAAUUUAUUUUUUUGAUUAAUUUUAGCGUAUCCUGCGAUUUCUUAUAUUUUUCACGAUUGAUGAAUUAUUAAUUUUUGAAUUGAACUACCGAUAAUCUGUUGGGCCAAAAUGAAUACAUCUGCGAAGAGUUAGCAUUUUAUGAAUCGUUGUUUUUACGUCAACGAACGUAGAGCAUGCGUGUUGAAAUAAUAAUUACCCUCUUGACAUUUAUUUUGCUACAUAUACCGACUUCAAACCAAUACAAAUUUCAUCCCGCGCAUGUGAUUAAGCUUCUCUUGAUACGGCAAUGAUUCAGUAAGCUAUUUUACAAUAUUCAAUUUGAUUUCACAAAACGCUAAUUUUCUAGAAAAUUUUUGUUUCUAAACAGUCAUAUUAUUCAGCAUCAAAUAAUCAUAAUUCUAACUGGUGUUGAAUCGUACGCGCAAAUUUCAUUAAAAAGAACGUUUUUUGUUUAAAUUCUCUACCGAUGGCCAUCAUUUUUUUUUCUUUGACACAAUUUGAAACAAGACAGGGUAGGACGUGCAGAAAGAGUUUUGACCAUACUGAUCGCGAUCGAAAGGACAUCGCGAGUUAAGGUAGAACGGUUAACCUUACGUUUUCUAGUUAUUGCCAUCCUAGUUUAUUGUUUGUUAAGGGAAAUGAUCACAAAGUUCGGUACACCCGAAGCUCGAGAAGGUUGAACGUUGUGGCGACAACAGCCAUGAGUGGAAGGGGAUAGUAAUAGUUUUGUAGAAUUAAUCUUCAGGCUGCUGUAUUGAAGGCGGACGAAAGCUAGCACAGCAAGCAAUAAAAAGGGCGCAAUGAAAAACGAGCAUGAGUAUUGGAGGAAUUUUGCGUAGUUUCUAUUUUUACUUUUACUGCCUUUCUGGUUGAAACUUGUCGCAAUAUCCAUCAUCAUCGAUAGUAAUUACCAAAAGUAAUGACUCAUUCGUUCAACGUCGACUGAGCAACAUGCCUGUUUGUUUAGGUGGACAAUUAGUUGAUGGAAGCGCGACUCCACGGUACAACGCUGUACAAAUCUUGUUAGAAGAGUUAAUAUUAAAACAAUAUUUACAAGAAUAUACCGAGGAAUCACUACAGGAAAACAUUAGUUACAAAGCUGUAAAAAGAGACACGAAUGAAUUCUGGCACAUAGCGACACCACAUUGCAGCAGGCAAUCGAAAUCAAUUCAUAUUUUCUUAAAUAUGCAAACAAAAAACACACAUCAACCGAACAGAAGCAAGUUGUUCGUAAUCAAAACCUUCACAAUCGCCUACAAUACGGAUGGUGCGGAAAACGUUUUUACCUGAGAACUAUGUAGGUUAGUUCACUGUAAUUAUAAUGUUUAUAUUGAAGAAUUUGGAUGAAAUAUAAAAUGAAGUAGUGUUUUGGGAAGAAACGAU